ACAGCCCCUGGGGAGUCCAGCUACAUUUAAAUGUUACUGAGAAACCUCGGAGAGUGGAUCAUGGCGUGCGAGAUCGAGGGAAGAGAAGAAUACGAGCACAGCUUGCGUUUCCUGAAUAGAAUUAAGAGCAUGAAAACAUCAGCAGAAAUGAUCGACGUGGUGCUGAUCGCGGAAGAGGAGCGGUUUCCGUGUCACCGGCUCGUCCUGGCCGCCUUCAGCCCUUACUUCAAGGCCAUGUUCACCUGCGGACUCCUCGAGUGUUCCCAGAGGGAAGUCGUGCUCCAUGACGUCACAGCGGAGAGCGUGUCGGUGAUUUUAAAUUACAUGUACAGCGCGGCCUUAGAGAUCAACCACGCCAACGUGCAGACGGUCGCCACGGCCGCCUACUUCAUGCAGAUGGAAGACGUGUUCGCCGCGUGUCAGAAGUACAUGAUGGACCACGUGGACGCCUCCAACUGCGUGGGCAUCUAUCACUUCGCCAAACAGAUCGCGGCGGAAGAUCUAGCCGAUCAGUCGAGAAAGUAUCUAUACCAGCACUUCGCCGAGGCGAGCCUGCACGAAGAAAUCCUGGAGAUCGAAGGGCACCAGCUUCUGGCGCUGGUUAGAUCGGACGAUCUGAACAUCUCCAGGGAGGAGACCAUCCUGGAUUUAGUGCUCAGGUGGGUCAAUCACAGCCGAGACUCUCGCACGGAGCACCUCGUGGAGCUUUUGAAGCAUGUCAGGCUGGAGCUCGUCAGUGCAUCCUUUUUAAGACAAGCGCUAAAGAGGAACCCAAUGCUUCUCUGUGAUGCGGACUGCAUCGAUAUGAUUCAAAACGCCUUCAAAGCCACCAAGGCCCCCCAGCAGCACUUGCUAAAUCUGCGCUACGGCAUGGAGACCGCCAGCCUCCUGCUCUGCAUCGGCAACAACUCUUCGGGAAUCCGAUCGAGGCACAGGAGCUACGGAGACGCGAGUUUCUGCUACGACCCCGUAGCUCGGAAAACCUGCUACAUCUCCUCCCCCAAGUACGGGGAGGGGUUGGGGACGGUGUGCACCGGCGUCGUCACGGAGAACAACAGUGUCAUUGUGGCCGGAGAAGCGAGCCCCUCGAAGCUGUCCCGACAGAAGAACAGGAACGUUGAAAUCUACAGGUAUCAUGAUAGAGGAAACCAGUUCUGGGAAAAGUUAUGCACGACCGAAUUUCGAGAGCUAUACGCCCUGGGCAGCGUCCAUAACGAACUCUACGUUAUAGGAGGCCAGAUGAAAAUCAAAAACCAGUAUCUCAUCACAAACUGUGUUGAUAAGUAUUCCGUGGAACGAGACAGCUGGAAAAGGGUGUCUCCCCUUCCACUGCAACUGGCGUGUCACGCGGUGGUGACAGUGAAUAACAAGCUUUAUGUGAUCGGAGGCUGGACCCCUCAGAUGGAUCUUCCGGACGAAGAACCUGAUCGAUUAAGCAACAAGCUGUUGGAAUAUGACCCCAGCCAAGACCGAUGGCGGGAGCGGGCGCCCAUGAACUACUCCAAGUACCGAUUCAGCACGGCCGUCGUCAACGGCGAGAUUUAUGUCCUGGGUGGCAUUGGCUGCGUAGGUCGGGACAAGGGCCAGGUGCGACAGUGCCUGGAUGUCGUGGAAAUCUACAACCCGGAUGGGGACUUCUGGCGAAAGGGGCCCCCCAUGCCCAGUCCCCUCCUCUCCCUGCGAACCAACUCUACCAACGCGGGAGCCGUGGACGGGAAGCUCUACGUCUGCGGGGGAUUCCACGGCGCAGAUCGCCAUGAGGUCAUCUCCAAAGAAAUACUGGAGCUGGACCCCUGGGAAAACCAGUGGAACGUGGUAGCCGUCAACGUCCUCAUGCACGACAGCUAUGAUGUCUGUCUGGUGGCCAGGAUGAACCCCCGAGACCUCAUCCCCCCACCUUCAGAUCUGACGGAGUGACAGUUGCUGGGGGACCUCCCGCCGCGUCUGCCGACAGGGCCCUCAGCAUGGCGGGGGCCCGCGGUAUCCGCCAGCCAUGCGAGCGUUGCAUGCGUAGGGGCCCGUGGGAAGCAGCUGGGUGCUGGAGGGGAGCCCUCCUGGGGCACCUCGCAGUCCGAGGGGGCAGAUAAGACCCCGCAAGGUGGAAGUGGUUACAGCCACCAGAGGGGCACAGGGUGGGGGGCCCCCAGGAGGGCAGGGAACGGAGGAUCUCACUCCGCUGGGGCCACCAGGACAGCAUAGCCACGGGGCAGACCUUGAAUUGGGCCUGGAGAACAGGGAGAAAGCUUCCCACGGGUACCGCUGCUGCUGCUGCUGCUGAUGUCACCAGAGUGGGGACAGCCCCGGCCUUCGGGGUUCGCUACAAGAGUAGGUCGCAGCUAAAUGCCCAACGGCUGGAGGAGUGAGGCGUUUGGACCGAUCCCUGAGCCGGGAAAUGAUCUCCAAACAGCGAUGUUGAAGGAGGACUGGCGUCACUGUUAUAAAGCACCGUCUACUCCCUUCCAGAAUAUUCCUUGCGUUGCAGCGACCUCACCCAGCAGCGGGGCUGGGAGCCGCCGACACGCUCACGACACGCAAGCCAGACCACGGCGGGCAGGGGCGUCCAGGGCAGAAGUUCCAGCCAAGCCCGGAGGAGGCCGGGGGGCAGCCUGGACCGGACCCCACCCGGCGGCCUUCGCCCGGGUUGGCCCCGGCUGGAUCGAACCGGCCCGAGCCACCCAGCUCAGGGUGCCCUGGCUGAGGGGCAGAGGAGGAAACAUCGCCACCAGCCUGAGCCCACACGAGAGCAUAAUCGGAGGACAGCCGCUCUGCAAAUACACUUUUUAAAAUUGACAUUUCGAUGACACCGGGGAAACCCAUCUCGUACUUACCCUGUUGCAUUCAGAGAAGGCACGUUGGUGGCUGUUCUUCGGCCACUUCUCAGAAGAAUUUCACGUCGCGUGAGGCUCCGUUGGAAGCAGGAGUGGUCAGUGAAUUCCCGAGGAUUUUCCGGGAGCCAGAAAAACCCUCGAUGGAAGCGGGUCGUCUCUGGCGCCCAGCCGUGUGGCUGUGACGGCCGCUAGCCCGUGUCCCCGGGUUCCAGCUGCCAACCAGGUAGGAGAGGCGGGUCCAGCGGAAACCGGAGCCCAUUGGAGACCUGUUUCUGCCACCAAGGAAGGGAACGUGAGACCCAGGGUAGGGUGUCCCCAAAGGGGCCAUGCCUGUCUCUCUGCAUUUGGAGCCCAAGCGCCCCAGCAGGGCCUGACGCACGGGCGGGUCUCUGGGCAGCCGGAAUGCAGCAGCGUCUCGCGGACCCGAGGCCACGGUCCCCAGCAUGUCUGCUUGCGUGUCUGCGUCACAUCGAGCUCGUGCUUCUCCCCGGCGGAGGGUCGCGCUCCGUGAUUCUCUCUGCUGCACAGACGAGCUGUCCCUCUGAGCUGGCCGUCACAGCCAGGGUUGAGGACGGCCUCCUCGGCGUCUCUGCGUCCCCAGGUUCCUGUCACAAAGUCACUGUCCUGGGCCGGGUGCGGUGGCACACGUCUGUAGUCCCAGCUACUCGGGAGGCUGAGGCAGGAGGAUCGCUGGA